AUGCAUAUAAUAAUCAUUACUAUUAUAUGUUUAUUGUCGCUUGUAAUUGGUAUCUUCCUUUUAAUCUCUGAAGCAAAUGGUGUGGGGUCAAAGGUUAGAGACUUUAUUUCAACUUCUAUUUUUGGAACAGAAAGUAUUACAGCUCUUGUGGGAAGUUUGUUGUCUCUUAAGAAUUUACUUUUUAAGAGCAGAUUAGAAAUAUUGGAUGAAUUAUAUAUUAAAGAAAGGGAUUUAAAUAUUCGUAGAAAUAGUCAUCAUUGGAAAAUACAAGAUUUUAAAGUAAUACAAUCUGAAAUGGAAUGUUUUAAAAGAUGGGUAAUACAAAACAAAAUAAAAGUUGUGAAUGAAAUCAUACAAAAAAUAAAGAAAAGCCAUAUUAAUUUAAAGAAUAAGAAAUCAGAAGAUGGAAGACCGCAUGAAAUUGAUGAAAUAGAAGGUUUGAAAAAAAAAGUUUAUAACGAAAUUGAUGCAUUGGAUGAUAAAGAAUUGAAGAAGAAAUUUAAGGAGGAAUUUGUAGAGGAAUUGCGUAAGUGGAUAGAAAUGAUGAAAUGGAUAGAAAAUAGGCCAAAGGAUGUAACAGAUAAUAAAGCGGCAAAUAAAAAUCAAAAUACAAACAAAAUUAAUGCAAUGGAUGAUAAAGAGAUAAAUAAAAAUAGUCAAAAUGAACAAAACACAAACGAAAAGAUAAAUAAAAAUAGUCAAAAUGAACAAAGCACAAAUGAAGAGAUAAAUAAACAUAGCCAAAAUGAUCAAAAUACAAAUGAAGAGAUAAAUAAACAUAGUCAAUAUGAUCAAAAUACAAAUGAAGAGAUAAAUAAAAAUAGUCAAAAUGAACAAAAUAUAAAUAAAACUAAUGCAACGAGUGAUAAGGAGAUAGAUAAGUUGCUAAAGGAAUAG